AGAAGGGAAAAUAAAGGCACCAAUCCAGAAAGAAAAUCCAGUGGGAAAAAGCGCACAAGAACAGGAAAAGGGGGACGGAUGAUAUCUUCUUCGUGUAUUUCACCAGAUUUUACUUUCUUUGGACGGCAUCUCCAAUCCAUUUGCUCCACUAAACAUUGCAAGACUGCAGUUCAUCGAAGAAUUAGAACAGCUUGUUGGAUUUUCUCGCUGUUUUUGAAUGGUGAAGGGAAGGGUUGAAGGUAGAGUGUACGGAAGCUGAGACAAUGGGCAUUUUGUAUGAGGAUUCUGUGGUUAUUACUCAUGGAGAAAAGUCUGGCGAUCCUCAUGUUAUCACUGUGAAUUGUCCUGAUAAGACUGGACUUGGAUCCGAUCUGUGUAGGAUCGUUUUGCUUUUUGGUUUGAGCAUUUCAAGAGGAGAUUUCUCGACGGAUGGGAAAUGGUGUUAUAUAGUGUUCUGGGUUGUGGGAAAGCCGAGUACCAGGUGGCCUUUGUUGAAGAAGAGGCUGUUGGAAGUUUGUCCUUCCCAUUUUUCCACUACAGGGAUACGUUUUUACCAGCAAGAUAAGGAGAUUCAGAAACCUCCAGAUGUUUUCCUGUUGAAAUUUUGGUGUUCUUCUCAUCCUAAGGGCUUAUUGCAUGAUGUGUCUGAGCUCCUUUGUGAGCUAGAACUAACAAUAAGAAGGGUGAAGGUUUCGACUGCGCCGGAUGGAAAAAUGAUGGACCUCUUCUUUAUAACCGAUACAAGAGAACUUCUUCGCACGAGAAAGAGACAGGAGGAGACGAUGCACCGCUUGAAAGCCAUUUUGGCAGAUGUCCUAAUGAGUUGUGAGAUCGAAUUAGCUGGCCCGGAGUUUACUGCAUGCUCACAAGGCUCACCAUAUCUACCUUCCUCCAUUGCUGAAGAAUUGUUCAGUUUGGAGUUGCCAUUUGGACCUCCUAACCGACACCUUCCCUCGAACUCAGUUGUUGUCGAUAUGGACAAUGCCAUCAGCCGUUCUCACACCGUUCUUCAGCUUCUUUGUCUAGAUCACAAAGGUCUUGUUUAUGAUAUCAUGAGAACUUUGAAGGAUUACAGCAUUCAGGUUUCUUAUGGACGCUUCUAUAUCAAUUCAAAAGGAAAAUGUGAUGUUGAGUUAUUCACAAUGCAAUCAGAUGGCAGUAAGAUAGUCGACUCAAACAAGCAAAACGCUCUAUGUUCCCGUCUAAGAAUGGAACUCACACGCCCUCUUCGAGUCGCCGUAGUGAGCAGGGGUCCCGACACAGAGCUUCUAGUAGCCAACCCAGUGGAGUUAUCUGGCCGUGGUCGCCCCCUCGUCUUCCACGAUAUUACAUUGGCACUCAAACAUCUCAACACGAGCAUAUUUUCGGUGGAGAUAGGAAGGCACAUGAUCCACGACCGGGAGUGGGAAGUUUAUCGAAUUUUACUCGACGAAGGCGACAUCGUUUCGGUGCAACAGACCAAGAUCGAAGAGGGCGUUAGAAAUAUACUGAUGGGAUGGUAGAACUUGAAACUAAGAGUUUGUACAGUCUGGGGAGGGUGUAAAUGAGAGUUGAUGGUGUUGUUUUUAUAACGUUAAAAUUUGCCAGUUUAAGUUCUAAUCCAUAAACUCCAUUUUCUUACCUC